AUGUCUGGCUACCGCGGCCCAGACAAAGAUUACCUCGAGGCCAACUCAGUGGAGCCGACCCGUCACCAUCAUGGAGCCAAUACAUCAGAGUUGUCGACUGACGAGGCCGCGGGCGACUUCAGCGCAAUUGAUCCACACAGCGGAGUGAAACGAGGACUGAAGACACGGCACCUAUCCAUGAUGGCGUUGGCAGGGAUAAUCGGGCCCGGCCUCCUUGUCGGUUCUGGCGGAGCUUUGUCGAGCGGUGGACCCGCGGCGUUGCUCAUCGGAUUCGGUACUAUUGGUCUUCUCGCUUUUUCUAUUAUGCAGAGUCUUGGGGAACUUACAACACUAUAUCCAUCGGGAGGGGCUUUCACAGCCCUGGCAGAUCGAUUCGUGGACAAGGCCUUCGGAGUGGCAGUGGGUUGGAAUUAUUUCAUUAUUUGGUUCGCAGUACUUGCGAAUGAAUACAACGCCAUCUCCAGCAUCUUGGUCUUCUGGAGUGAUAAAGUGCCGUUAUGGGGGUACUUCUUGUUACUAUGGUUUGCCUUUCUCGGCUUUCAGCUUCUCGGAAUUGAGACCUUCGGCGAAGCUGAGUUUUGGCUGGCCCUCAUCAAGCUCGGUGGUCUUGUCGCAUUUUUCUUGUUUUCCAUCAUUUACGCAUCGGGAGGAAUUCACGGUGUGCCCGGCAUAGGCUUCAAGUACUGGCAUGAUCCGGGCCCCUUCGCAAGCGGAUUCCGUGGCGUUGCUACCGUAUUCGUAUUUUGUUCCACGUUCUACGCAGGCUGUGAGUCCAUUGCCGUGGCUGCCACCGAGACCAAGAAUCCGCGUGUCGCUGUACCUUUGGCUAUCAGACAGGUCUUCUGGCGCAUUCUCUUCGUGUACAUGGGAUCAGCUUUCUUUUUCGGCUUGACUUGUCCAUCGAGCGCGGAAGGACUGGUGUCCGCCAAAAGCAGGGCAUUGCAGAGCCCAAUGACGAUCGCCAUCCAGAAUGCGGGCUGGGAAGGAGGUGUCCAUCUGAUCAACGCCUUUAUUCUUGUCACUUGUCUGUCAGCCGUGAACAGCUCUAUAUACAUUGGCAGCCGCACACUGCUCUUCAUGGGACAGGAUGGAAAAGCUCCGCGUAUUUUAGGCUGGACAGAUCGACGAGGCGUACCUGUCCCGGCCAUCGUUUUCACAAACGCAUGUGGAGCACUGAGCAUGAUGAACGUUUCCACUGGAGCCGGAGCUGCGUACAGCUACAUUGUGAACCUUUCCGGCGUAUCCACAUUCUUGGUCUGGGGAAGCAUUAGUUAUAUCCACAUCCGAUUCCGGAACGCGUGGAAGACUCAAGGGUACUCAGAAUCUGAUUUGCCAUUCAAAUCUCUCUGGUAUCCAUGGAACGCCUAUUUUGGUCUUGGGGCCAACAUCUUCCUAGCGCUCGUUCAAGGUUGGACGAAUUUGAGCCCUUUCAAUGCGGGCGGUUUUGUGGACGCAUAUAUUCUUUUACCGCUUUUCCCUAUUAUUGUCUUCGCCUACAAGUUCUUCUACCAUACGAAGUACUGGAAAGCACAUGAGAUCGAUCUGCAGUCUGGAAGGAGACGGGACUUGGAGGAGGUAGAAGAGCUUGCAGAAGGCGUGUUGUCGGAAGAACGCCCGUGGUGGAAGAAAUUCUGGGCAAGUUUCUAG